AUGACGGUCCUUUCACUAUUAUCACUCCCUUUCGUCGCACUCAUUCUCACAUUAUGGAGCUCAUCUGCCUUUGCGUCGCCGGACUAUCACGAGCACCUCCUCUUACAACCACUCCCGCAGUCCUCCCUACUAGCUUCUUUUAACUUCCGAAGCAAUACAUCACAACAAUCAUUCGACCAACAGCAUUUUAGAUAUUUGCCCCGCGCGCUUGGUCAGAUUCUUCAGCACGCUCAUACGAAAGAAUUACACCUCCGCUUUACCACGGGAAGAUGGGACGCUGAAAGCUGGGGUCCACGACCAUGGAACGGCAGUAAAGAAGGAGGCACUGGUGUCGAGCUUUGGGCGUGGAUCGAUGCGCCAGGUGACGAAGAGGCUUUUGCCAAAUGGAUUACCCUGACGCAGUCCCUCUCUGGCCUGUUCUGCGCCUCGCUGAACUUCGUGGACUCGACCCGGACCACUCGACCUGUGGUUUCUUUUGAACCAGCUGGGGACCACUCGGCUGCCGAUCAACUACACCUUUUGCAUGGAACACUUCCUGGAGAGGUAGUUUGCACAGAGAAUUUGACCCCUUUCUUGAAGCUGCUUCCUUGCAAAGGCAAGGCUGGAAUCUCCUCACUAUUUGACGGCCACAAAUUGUUCGAUGCCGCAUGGCAGAGUAUGUCAGUGGAUAUCCAGCCGGUCUGCUCUGCGGAUGGAGAAUGCGUGGUUCAGAUCGAGCAAACCGUGGACAUGGUGUUAGAUAUUGACCGGUCCAAGCGCUAUCGUUCAAACCCAAUUCCUCGACCUGUGCCCAAUGAGCAGCUGGUCUGUGAUACUUCCAAACCUUAUACUUCGGAUGAUACCUGCUACCCGCUGGAAAAGACGAACGACAAGGCGUGGAGUCUCACAGAAGUCUUCGGGCGAAGCCUAAAUGGUGUUUGUCCUCUCGCAGAUAUCGAUGGAUCUAGCGACCCAAGUGUCUGCCUUCGGGUGCCCCACGAACGGGGUGUCUUCAUACCCGAGGAGGCUGUUGAAAUCAAGAAAGAUGAUGGCUUUACGCGGUGUUUCAAGUUGGCACCAUCAGCUCCCUUUGAUCUUUCGAUUCCACAGCAGCCAGUGAACACCGAAGUUCCUUUGGACGAGCCUGUUUUGCACGCAGAGCGAACUAUCGUUGGUCACGGCCAGGAGCGCGGUGGAAUGCGCAUUAUCUUUGGCAAUCCGUCCAACACCAGCGCAGUUGAUUUCAUCUACUUCGAGUCUCUUCCGUGGUUCUUGCGGCCAUAUAUACAUACUUUGCGCGCAACAAUCACAGGGCUCGACGGAGUCCUGCGCGAGGUCCCAACCUCUGAAAUUGUCAAAGAGACGUACUACCGCCCCGCUAUUGAUCGUGAGCGUGGAACACAAUUAGAACUGGCUUUGUCUGUCCCCGCGGCAUCAACAGUCACGUUGACUUACGAUUUCGAGAAAGCCAUUCUUCGGUAUACCGAGUAUCCACCGGAUGCUAAUCGAGGGUUCAACGUUGCACCUGCGGUAAUUCGGAUCGUGGAUCGGGCACACAAUGCGCCAAUCUACAUUCGGUCUACGAGUCUGCUGCUUCAACUCCCAACCCCGGAUUUCAGCAUGCCAUACAAUGUGAUCAUUCUCACUAGUACCGUGAUUGCACUUGCUUUCGGAACUAUCUUCAACAUCCUGGUUCGACGAGUUGUCUCUCUGGAUGAAGCUGCCGCUCUUGGAGCCCAGACUAUCAAAGCCCGGAUACUGGGGAAAUUAGUGACUAUUCGUGAUCGACUCCGUGGCAAGGGUACCAAAGUGGAGUAG